UCUUUUAGAGUACACAGGGAGAAAAAAGCCCUUUUCCAUUAAUAAUCUUUCAAGCCACUAGGAGAACAGUAAUUAUGGAAAUAACAACAGCUUAGUCUUAGCUGAUGUGGUUUAAAAAUGAUAUUAGAAUAAUAUACUUCUCAGGGGCAUCUGCUCUGGUUGAAUAAACUUGAUGUUCCUAUCUGUCUUGUACUGUAAUAAAAAUUAAAACCAAAUACUUAAAACAUAAUAUCCCAGAACAUAAAAAUCUCAGAAGUCCUUUGGGUGAGUUUUAUUACUUUAUUUAGCAUGCAAACAAUUUCAGGUUGUUUCACUCUUACAUUAAUGGUAGGCCUUCCAGGUGGACCGAUAUUUCAGGUGAAUGUUUAGUGGCCCUGGGUAUUGAGGGGGGACUGUGUCACCCCUCCUUAGACAGGCAGCCCCUUGCCUGCCUGUUAAUGCACAGGGACCCACACCCUUAUCUGAAGAGUAACUGGAGCCUGAAAGCUAAGGGACCUGCUUUCUCCCAAGUUAGAAGCCUGCCUUACUUUUCGCAACUUAGGAGCUAGUCCUGUAGGGUUAUUUCCCAGGCCAGAAAUUUGCAUCAAAGGGCUAAGAAAAAUACAUCCAAAAAUAAACAUGAAAGUCAAGACUUCAUGCCAGGAACUCCAGCCACACACAUCCUGUUGGCUGGUUCCCUUGCCUCUCUCCUCACAGUUCUGAUUCUUUUCAACCAAGCGGAAGCCUGUUCCGAUGACUUGGAUUUCAUGUCUGUGCCAGGGUCUCACGUCUCUGUCCUCAACUCAAGCUUUUCCAUGUAGUGGUGAAAUGAUUCAAAUCCAGAAAGGAAGGGAGUGAAGUUAUUUGCAGCUAGCCAAAGUUAAAAAUUAUAUAUUUAGAAGUCUUUUCCUAUUACCUUUGGCUGCCUGAGCUUCCUUGGAGAACCACCAGCACUGGUUUUCUCUCUGUGAACUGAGAUCCUCUCAACAAUAACAGAUACGAACAGGGAAUUAUCGGCGAUGAAGGUGCAUUUUGCUGUCCAAAUAAAGGACAGAUAUUUGCUGGAUGUCUGAGAACUCUGAGAGGCAGAACAAGGAGGUCACAUGCCCUACAAGAAAUAUCGACAGUACAUGGCAGGACUUCUGGCUCCUCCUUAUGGUGUUAUGGAAACAGGAUCUAACAAUGACAGAAUUCCUGACAUGGAGAACACACCUCUCAUUGAACCUCAUGUUCCUCUUCGUCCUGCUAACACCAUUCCCAAGAUACCUUCAGAGAAGAUCCUCAGAGCUGGAAAAAUUUUACGAAAUGCUAUUCUCUCUCGAGCACCUCACAUGAUAAGAGAUAGAAAAUACCACCUGAAGACAUACAGACAGUGCUGUGUGGGAACCGAGCUGGUGGACUGGAUGCUGCAGCAGACUCCAUGUGUUCACUCCCGAACGCAAGCUGUGGGCAUGUGGCAAGUGCUGGUAGAAGACAGUGUUCUCAACCAUGUGGACCAGGAACACUAUUUCCAAGACAAGUAUUUAUUUUAUCGAUUUCUGGACGACGAGCAUGAGGAUGCCCCUUUGCCUACUGAAGAGGAGAAAAAGGAGUGGGAUGAGGAGCUCCAGGACACAAUGCUGCUGCUGUUGCAGAUGGGCCCUGACGCCCACUUGAGGAUGACCCUGCGGAAGCCACCUGGCCAGAGGACAGUGGAUGACCUGGAGAUUAUCUAUGAGGAGCUCCUUCACAUUAAAGCCUUAUCCCAUCUUUCUACCACAGUGAAGCGGGAGCUAGCAGGUGUUCUCAUUUUUGAGUCUCAUGCCAAAGGAGGAACUGUGUUGUUUAACCAGGGAGAAGAAGGUACCUCCUGGUAUAUUAUUCUAAAAGGAUCAGUGAACGUAGUCAUUUAUGGCAAAGGCGUGGUCUGCACCCUGCACGAAGGAGAUGACUUCGGCAAGUUAGCACUAGUCAAUGAUGCCCCGAGAGCUGCCUCUAUCGUCUUGAGAGAAGAUAAUUGUCAUUUCUUAAGAGUGGACAAGGAAGAUUUCAACCGGAUCCUGAGGGACGUUGAGGCGAAUACAGUCAGACUUAAAGAACAUGACCAAGAUGUCUUGGUGCUGGAGAAGGUCCCAGCAGGAAACAGGGCUUCUAAUCAAGGAAACUCACAGCCUCAGCAAAAGUAUACUGUGAUGUCAGGAACACCUGAAAAAAUUUUAGAGCAUUUUCUAGAAACAAUACGCCUUGAACCAGCUUUAAAUGAAGCAACAGAUUCAGUUUUAAAUGACUUUGUUAUGAUGCACUGUGUUUUUAUGCCAAAUACCCAGCUUUGCCCAGCCCUGGUGGCCCAUUACCAUGCACAGCCUUCACAAGGUACAGAACAGGAGAAAAUGGAUUAUGCCCUCAACAAUAAGAGGCGAGUUGUCCGCCUGGUUUUGCAGUGGGCUGCCAUGUAUGGAGACGUCCUACAAGAGGAUGACGUGGCUGUGGCUUUCCUAGAGGAGUUUUAUGUGUCUGUAUCAGAUGAUGCCCGGAUGAUUACUGCCCUCAAGGAGCAACUGCCGGAGUUGGAGAAGAUUGUCAAGCAAAUUUCAGAAGAUGCAAAGGCUCCACAAAAGAAACACAAAGUUCUUUUGCAACAAUUCAACACAGGUGAUGAGAGAGCACAGAAGCGCCAGGCUAUCCGAGGCUCUGAUGAAGUUCUGUUUAAAGUCUAUUGCAUGGACCACACCUACACAACCAUUCGGGUGCCAGUAGCCGCCUUGGUGAAGGAAGUCAUCAGCGCAGUUGCCGACAAACUAGGCUCUGGGGAAGGCCUGAUCAUUGUCAAGAUGAGUUCCGGAGGAGAAAAGGUGGUGCUCAAACCUAAUGAUGUUUCAGUAUUUACGACGCUCACCAUUAAUGGACGCCUAUUUGCUUGCCCGCGAGAGCAGUUCGAUUCACUGACUCCCUUGCCAGAACAGGAAGGCCCAACUGUUGGAACAGUGGGAACUUUUGAACUGAUGAGCUCCAAAGAUUUAGCAUACCAGAUGACAGUUUAUGACUGGGAACUCUUCAACUGUGUGCAUGAGCUGGAGCUAAUCUAUCACACAUUUGGAAGGCAUAAUUUUAAAAAGACCACAGCAAACUUGGAUUUGUUCCUGAGGAGAUUUAAUGAAAUUCAGUUUUGGGUUGUCACUGAGAUUUGCCUUUGUUCCCAGCCCAGCAAGCGUGUUCAGCUCUUAAAAAAAUUUAUUAAGAUAGCAGCCCACUGUAAGGAGUAUAAAAAUCUGAAUUCCUUUUUUGCCAUCGUCAUGGGACUAAGUAACGUUGCUGUGAGCCGCUUGGCACUCACGUGGGAGAAACUGCCAAGCAAGUUCAAGAAGUUCUAUGCAGAGUUUGAAAGUUUAAUGGAUCCUUCGAGAAACCACAGGGCCUACAGGCUGACAGUAGCUAAGCUGGAUCCUCCUCUCAUCCCCUUCAUGCCUUUGCUCAUUAAAGAUAUGACAUUUACUCAUGAGGGGAACAAGACGUUCACUGACAAUCUAGUAAACUUUGAAAAAAUGCGCAUGAUUGCAAAUACUGCCAGAACAGUGAGAUACUGCAGGAGCCAGCCCUUCAAUCCUGAUGCAGCUCAAGCUAAUAAGAACCACCAGGACGUCCGGAGCUAUGUACGGCAAUUAAAUGUGAUUGACAACCAGAGAACUUUAUCGCAGAUGUCGCACAGAUUAGAGCCUCGUCGGCCAUAGACAUUUAAAGUGCCCAGAACGAUGUCUGUCUCCAGUCCACAAUCUUUCAGAAAUGCCAUUAAUGCUACUACUGACUAAUUGUCUCUUGAGAUUUCUCCAAAACAAGCAAAAACACAUCCUGAGACAUCUCGGGACUACAUUCAGCUUACCAGCAUCAUGACAAAAGAGGAAAUUAUUUGACUUGCAUAAAGCUUGCACACUCUAGCUUAGGAAUAGCCAGUUGGUAGUCACUCUACUUUAUUUCCAGUUGUGCCAUUUUCUUUGCUGAAACAUAAGACUCACAGGAAAAGUUUAUCGCAGAAAUAUCAGAGUCAAGACAAGUAUCAAGCCGCUGACAUUUUUUCUAAGGGUGUUUACAGGGUGAGAUGUGCUGCAAAUGGUAUUUAUUUGGAUUUAUCAGUGGUGGUAUAGCUUAAUAUUUUUUAAUUCAGCAUCUUGAUUUGGAGCAUGGGGUUUGGGAAGGUACUGAAGAAUCCACUGAGUCCAGAUUUUAGGCUUCAUUCUUCCAUCUCCUCGGUGUCUGCCUCUGCAGGAACAGAACCUGACCAAUUACUGUAAAACACUAUGGUUAUUUAGUAAUUUUCAAAGGACUGGUCUGUAAUUUCUGCAGGAUAUAUAGAAUACUGUUUCUGUUUACAAUGUAUUUUUUAAACUUACAAAUCAGGAUUACGUACAUAGGAAUUCCACUAAGAAACUCCAAGGUUCUUAAAGUUGCCAGCAUUAAAUUAAGAAAAUAACAUUUCAAAAGAGCACAAAAUACACAAAACAUUUUUCAAAAUUAAAAUAUUUUCCUGGGCAUUAAAAACCUUUAUUAUUGGCUAAUUAUUGUUACUGAUUAAAAAAAAACUCAUAUUUUCUGGACUUAAAUAUUAUUAUCAACAUCUUAAUUUUCAGCAAUUGUUUUGCACUUUCAAAUAGAUUGUAAAUAAUUCAUUCAAUCAGUGAUACAGUUAUUUAUUUGCUACAUAUGAA